GUAGGUUUGACAAAACAGAGGUAAACAAUGACAAAACAUCUACCUGUCUAUACACAGACAGUAAACAUCCCCGUAACAACAUUGAACAUGCAGACGGGGGAUUGAAAGAGAAAACAUGGCAAUGUGGGGACGUGUGGUGUGUUUGUUGGUGCUAUGGCAGGUGCUUGCUCUGAGCCGGGGGAAUACCCGGGAUCUACUGGACGACAUGUUGACGGACGGGGAGGCCGGGAAUGUGGAGGGGAUGAUAGAUAAGGUGGGGGACAUGCUGGGGGAACUCGUGGAUUCCCUCGACUCCAUCAACAGUCCGUGCUCAUUCAAGUGUCCGAACGGCAUAAAACCAAAGGCGCGUGAAAACCACAUCAAGUCCAGCAACGGAUGCGGAACGUUCGGGUUCGAGAUCGACACCUCCACUGUUCCACUGAUGACAAAGUGCUGUGACCAGCAUGACUUCUGUUACGACACGUGUAACUCCAACAAGGAUAAAUGUGACAGUGAUUUUAAGGCUUGUCUUCUUAAUAUGUGUAAGAAAAUGGAGAAAUCGCUUGAGAAGGACGAGUUUGAAGGGUGUAAGGCGACGGCAGAACUGAUGUUUACCGGAACUACCAUGUUGGGUUGUACUUCCUUUAAGGACUCCCAGAAAAGGGCGUGCGACUGCGGGGAGAUAGACAUGGACUCGGACCCGGACGUACUGCGCGUCAGCUCGGGAAAAUCCACACUCAUCCACGGGAAGAAGUCGGUAAACGCAAAGCCUAUUCCGGGGACUGAGAACGAAAAUACGGAGAAUUUUUCCAAGACUAAAGACGUACCUAAAUCAGAUACUGUCCUAAAGGCCACCAAGCUUAAGGCGAAAAACCGGCACCAACACGAGGACCUGUGAAAAACCGGCACCAACACGAGGACCUGUGACAUCCGGUCGAUACGGUACGUGUACAAAUAAUCAAGUACUUCAAAAUGGGAAUUCGUGUUACUGGUUUGGGCCGUCACAUUGCCCAGUUCAGACAGAUAAUACAUUUGAUACUGCGAGAUUUUAACGUUCUUCCGUCCAUGCCAGGUGCGCAGGAUUUUUGUGUAGAUGUAUUCACACAACUGUUAUCUUCCUGUUUUACAGUAUUGUAGAACAGAGCUCGGUACUUUUGUAGAAACUAAAAUGUCUUUAAAGAGAUAUUGUUAUGAACUUUUAUAUUCGUUGAAUUUUAUCCCUUUUUGAACGAUUGUACAUUAUAUUGAUAUCAGUGAAAUACGCAAUUAUAUAUAUAGUAUUUGUUAUACUAGAUUGUAUGCAAAGCAUCUUUAUAUUUUGUUAAUUUUUCAUAUUUGGUCAUUUUCUGUAUGUAUUGAUAUGAUAAUAGAUAUAUUAUCCUCUAUAUUCAUAUGUACACUGGUUCGUGCACACUUUUGUAAAUCAAUUGUAUAUAAUUUUUUAUGUUCUGUGCAUAACAUACAUGUACAUCAGAUAAAUGAUGUAACUGUUA